ACGAGGCGGAAGACAUUAGCCGAAUCUUCGGUACUAGUCAACUGGAGGCGCUUAUGUUGUGCAGCUACCAGCGUCAGUUUUGAACGAUAGGAGGGGAGCGAAGUGUUUGUUUUUAUAGUAAACCGGUCAACUUUAGCCUCUACUUGUCCGAGUAAACUAUCGUUUUAGCCCGUCCGGUAGAGAUUAAGUGUGUUUCAUGUUGUGCAGUUUACUGUGCCUGAGUAAAGACCUCCAACUGGCGGAUCGCAUCAGUUCGCCCGGAGGGUCACCGUGAGCUCCGUGCCCUGUGUAGAAAAUGACCGGAGAGAAGAUCCGUUCCUUGCGCAAGGACCACAGGCCGAGCAAGGACGAGGAUUUACUGGAACCGGACGAAGAGGCUGCAACCGGGACGUUCACCGCCUCCAAGACAAACAACAAGAGCAGAGCGAGUAAAAUCUUCAGCAAUCACAAGUUAGUCAAGUCUUCAUCAACACAGCAGCAGCACCUACAGUCGCAGGUUAACGCUAACACCAACACACUGUCAACAUCCGAUGUCAUCGAUGACAACAACAAGAACCCCAUCAUCCGAACGGGGCAGGACUUCCCGGUGCAUGAGUGUGUGUUUAAAGGAGAUGUCCGCCGUCUGUCUUCACUCAUACGGACACAGAAUAUCGCCCAGAAAGACGUCCAUGGGAACACACCGUUGCAUCUUGCCGUCAUGAUGGGGCACAAAGAGUGUGCCCACCUGCUGCUGGCCCACAAUGCACCAGUGAAGGUGAAGAACGCUCAGGGGUGGAGUCCCCUUGCCGAGGCCAUCAGCUACGGAGAUCGGCAAAUGAGUAAGUAUCUGUGACUGUGAAACCCCCGCCCCCCACUGCUGCUACCAACGGAGAUGGACUUAUUUACUGAAAACUCUGUGGCUUCAGUUGGGUUUCAGUUUGAGUUUGCAGGUUGUGAAAACAGUGAUGGGUGGGGGGAAAAGAUCCGAUCAACAUUUGCCUCUCAUCUUCCACACCGCUGCUUCCAAGCGAGGGGUGGGGGGGGACAUUCCUCAAGGCCCCGUGGCUUUGUGCUCCAAUGAAAAGGCGAUUCAUGAGAUGUUUCUCUCUCCUCAUAGGCUGAUCAUGCUCAAGCCCCUUUCACGCCCAUUUUCCAAAAUUGUAUUCAUAAUUUUUCAAGAAUCAUUUUUAUUUAAAAUUAUUAUAUCUACUUUUAUUUGAGACCAUGCUUGUACAAAAACGUGACUGACAUGUAAGUGAAACCACAUAUGUUAGGUUUAUAGGUACAGGGUGUUAAAUGGGAACACCUUUGUACACUGGCAGUUUAUUUUUAAAACAUUGAAUGAAGAACUUCUGCUUAGGAAGUCUUUGAUCUGCUUUUUUCAAUGCUCUGAUCCACAGGGUGAACUUCCAAAAAAAAAAAAAAGCUUUACAAAAAAAGCUAUUCUAUCCCAAAAUAU